AUGACGGGGGUAAAUCUUUUUAUCACUAUGGGAAACCACAGCAUGUUCAGUGAGUUUAUCCUCCUUGGGUUUUCUGUUGACCCCAACCAGAUUCUGCUCUUCAUGUUGUUUCUGAUGAUUUACCUCCUGACCCUGUUGGGGAACCUGGUAAUGUUGCUGGUUAUCAGAGUUGAUCCUCACCUCCACACACCCAUGUACUUCUUUUUGGGACAGCUCUCCUUUCUGGACCUCUGCCAUUCAUCUGUCACAGUCCCCAAGAUGCUGGAGAAUCUACUUUCUGAAAGUAAAACCAUCUUUGUAGAGAGCUGCCUGGCUCAGGCCUUCUUUGUAGUUGCCACCAGGGGCACUGAGGCCUGUCUGCUGGCUGUGAUGGCCUAUGACCGCUAUGUAGCCAUAAGCUCCCCUCUGCUCUGUGGCCAGGUGAUGAACAACCAGCUCUGUAUUGGGCUGGUGUGGGGCUCCUGGGGCCUGGCCUUUGUUGAUGCUCUCAUCAACAUCCUUCUGGCUGUCAAUUUAGACUACUGUGAGGACCAAACUCUUCCCCACUUCACCUGUGAGCUGUCUUCUCUCUUCCAUCUUGCUUGCUCUGAUACCUCCACCAAUUUCACACUCUUGCUCUGCUCUUCUGUCUUCCGUUUCUUUGGAACCUUCAUUUUAAUCUUCUUCUCUCAUAUCUGCAUUGUCUCCACCAUCCUGAGCAUCAGCUCCACCUCAGGCAGAAGCAAGGCCUUCUCUACCUGCUCUUCCCACCUCACUGCAGUGAUCCUGUUCUAUGGCUCAGGUUUCCUCAGUUAUCUCUUUGCCAACCUCAGGUUCCCCCUGGAGAUGAUCUUCCCUUUACAGUACAGUGUGAUCACUCCCAUGCUGAAUCCCCUCAUGUAUAGCCUUCAGAACAAGGAGGUGAAGGCAGCUAUGGGAAGGAUGUUAAGAAGAUAUGUUAACUUUUUCACAUAG